AUGACCAACUCGGUGCUCACCAAGGCGUCGAACGUGAUCAACGUGACGUACAUCCCGGGCGUGACGAUACGCAACGGCAGCGCCAAGCUCACAAGCAGCCGUGCAGGCGGGUCCUCCAACGGCAGCAACCGCGCGCUGAGCGUGUACUCGAAGGAGACGUACUUCAGCGACCUCGAGGCAGCCUCGAUCCACGGCGGCAACGUGGUCACCAGAGGCGGCGUGCCGCGGCUGGUGAACGUCGAGGAGGACGCGUACGACUACGAGCCGCCCAAGAGCCGGUUUGUGCUGGAGGAGACGAUCGAGGAGGGCGAGGACGAGGACGAGGACGAGCCACAGACGGACUCGCGGACCGGGACCUCUGGCGGCACAAAUGCCGGGUACGGCCCGCUGUUGCUGCGCAGCAACGACGACGUGCUCGGCAGCAGCGACGACUCGGACCUGGGCGACUCCGACGAGGAGAACAUCGAGUUUCUCACCACGCAGCACAGGAAAGAGCAGCAGCACCACGCGCGGCCCGGCGGCGACACUGUCUCGCUGGACAUUCCCCUGGAGACGCUGGGGCGGGCCGACAGCAGCGAGGUGAUCCUGGAGGUGGAUCUGGACGUGAAGGACAGCGGGUCAAAUCCGUUUGAGUCUCCUCUGGAUUUGCAGAAAAAGUAG